CCAAGGCAGCCUGCCUGCCACCAUGCCGCUCUCCGCUCUCCCCGUCGCCCACCCAGUGGCAGCCACGGCUGCUCUCCACACUCGCUCCGCUCCUCCGCCGUUCUCCCAUUCGCGCGUGUGCCCCGCCAGCGAUCGCCGCCCGGCCGCCUUUCUCCCUCUGCGCGCCGGCAGCCGUCCGCUGAACGCCCAUGCCGGCGGGCCCCCGCGAGGCCAUGGAAGCACGGCGGGCUCCGGCGGCCGACGCGAGCCCGCGGUGAGGGCGACGGCGACUGUCGCGGUGGCGGCGGCAGGCAGCGGCGAGCUGGCGGCGUUCCCGCGCGACUACGACGAGGCGAUCCGCCAGGCGCAGCAGGCCACUCAAGCGGCUCUCACCGACGGGCGCUCGCUGCUGGAGGUUGAGUUCCCCACUGCCAGCCUCGACUCCGUGCCAGGCGAUGCGGAGGGCGGCAUAGAGAUGACGUCCAGCAUGCGUCUGCUGCGCGAGUACUGCCUCAUGUUCGCCCAGCGUGGCCCGCCGCCCUCCGCCGUGCGCCUCUUUUUCCCCGACGCCAACGAGCUGCCGGCAGCGCGGGACGUGUUUGAGGGCACGGCGUUCGCGCUGGACUGCCUGACCAAACCCACCGGCCUGGAGGACAUCGGCUUCUCGCGCAAGCUGCCUCUGGCGGACCGUGUGGUCGCCUCCGACCGCCUCUUUGUCGCCGCGUACCCCUACUUCAACGUCAACGAGAUGCUGGCGGUUGAUGACUUGUACCGUGACGUGGCAAGCAAACAGGGGCAGCCAAUCAUUGUCUUCAAUGGGGAGCUUGACCGAAUCCGAUCGGGAUAUUACCCAUCCUUCUUCUACCCCAAAUUGGCUCAAGUCAAUAAGAGCCUCCUCCCGCUAUUUGAAGCUGUCUACUACAUCCACAACUUCAAAGGACGGCUUGGAGGCAAGCUCUUCAGGGUCUAUCCGGGACCGUGGCAAGUACUGAGAGAGAGUGCAAAUGGGCAGCUGAUUUGCAUCCACUCGCAAGAAAAGAUGCCAUCUUUGAAGGAAGUGGCACUUGAGAUUCUUCCCAAGUAGUGCAUGGAUACAAUGUGUUCAUUAUUUUUAUUGGGCAUAUUUUAUUGAAAGUUAUAUACGGAUGAGGAAA